AAAGACAGCUUGUUGUUAUGCGCCGAAAUGGCGUCACAAUAGAGUUGUAACUUUUUUUAUGGUCAUUUUGAGGGGAAAAAACGACUCUAUUCAGCACUUGGAACUUUCAAUUGUUGCUGCUGAGUGCUUUUGCAUGCAUCAUAAUGAAGGCUAUUCGGAAUUUGAUUUUGGCUUCAACAUUUAUGGUUGUACUUUAUGAAGGAGCGUUCUGCCACAGUAUUCGGACUGAUUUUGUGUUACUAAACCAACCGUACACAUUCCCCGGUAACGCCAGCGGCUGUCAUCACGCUGAAUGGAGAAAGAGACCCCCCAUAGACACCACUAUCGCCACAUACAAAAACCAUGCGUGCACGACUGACAGAAUUUUUGAGGAAGAAUUCACAUGUAAAGACAACCACCUGCUUCUCAAAUCAUCAAAAUACACCGACCAGGGGCCCUAUGAGUUCAUCUGUAACGGGGUUCAAACUUUAAUUCAUCUGGAUGUUUUAUAUGCUCUAACUGAGAGCGCAGAAGAAACAAACAACAUCACCCUGAACUGUUAUGCACACAAUGCCAAAGAUGUGAAGUGGCUGCAUAACAACGAAAGUGUUUUGCACUACAAGAUAAACGGAUCCGAGAAUCCUGGCAAAGGCUACGAGGGAAGAGUUUUUUUGCUGGAGAAGAAUUGCUUCAAAACCGGCGAUCUCUCUUUGACCGUCACCCGUGUUCGCAAGGCAGAUGCUGGAAUAUACCGUUGCUUUGUGGAUGAUGAAACGGUUAAAGGAAACCCACAUGCCUAUGUGCUGCAUGUGAACGAGAAAAACUCCGGUCCAGGAGACCAGACACACUCCAGCUGCAACGAAGCAAUUCUGAUCGCGCUCACUGUAGUUUUUGGGCUCAUCUCAGUGAUCAGUGUGACAUAUCUGAUCACCAUAGAACUACGCAAUCAUCAAUCCAAGUCCACUACAGUCACUCAGAGUAGUGAGGGUGACACCACUGAAACCGAGCGUAUGCUGAUGUCUGCUAUUAGCACAACUUCACCCAUCAAUGAAAGUCAGUGGGUGGUUACUUAUCCUGUUCAGGAGAGCGAUUUCACGGGAAAUAAGCCUUCCAACACCAGGCCUAUUUUGUAAUCUGGUGAAAUGAGGCCUGUGAAGAUACAGUCAGCUAGGCCUGUUUCACACCGCAAGCAACAGAGCUUUACAGCAUUUCUGCUGCAUAACCAACUGCAAUCAAAUAUUGAUUUAGUGGGGCCAACUUUGAUCGUUGUAGAAUUGAAUUUACUUGAGAAGCAGGACCACAUUUACAUGCAAACUGUAAUGAAUGUAAACGAUCAAGUUUAAACAUUACUCACUCCAGCAUUAAAUAUUUCUUUACUG